GCGUUCAGCCAAUCGCAUGCGAGUGUGGGCGUGGCCUGACGCUAAACGUGUUCCGUGUGGAAAGUUCACCGGUCCGGGUGCAAAGUUUCAGCCGUCUGCAGACGAGAGACAGAAGACGAGCACAAAAACCGGAUCAAAGAGUCGCUUACCGUCUGCCGGCGUGAACGAGUUCAGUUAUGGGAUAUUAACCCGAAGUGGUAUCGUGUUCAUUUACAGCUUUGUUCGUCUGGCGGCGGAAUCAUGGCCUGCGCGCCGAACCGGGUUCGCUUGCUCUGCAUGCUGUCGCUCACCUUCGGCUUUUUCAUCGUGGAGGUGGUGGUGAGCCGGAUCACGUCUUCUCUAGCGAUGCUGUCGGACUCCUUUCAUAUGCUGUCGGACGUGAUCGCGCUGGUCGUGGCUCUGGUGGCGGUGCGUUUCGCGGAGCAGACCCAGUCCACCAACAAAAACACGUUCGGCUGGAUCCGGGCCGAGGUGAUGGGCGCGCUGGUCAACGCCGUGUUCCUCACCGCGCUCUGCUUCACCAUCAUCCUGGAGGCCGUCGAGCGCUUCACGGAGCCCCAUGAGAUCGAGAAGCCCGAGGUGGUGAUUGGGGUGGGGGCUGCGGGGCUGCUAGUCAAUCUGGUUGGGCUCUGUCUCUUUCAUGGGCACGCCGGAGGCGGCGGACACGGCCAUUCCCAUGGAGGACACGGCCACGGCCACGGGGGACACAAAAAACACAAGAACGGGAAGGUGCGCCGGUGUGAGACGCUGGAGGAUAGUCGGUCCGCGGGCGAGGAGACCAAUAAUCUGGUCGGGAAUCAGAACAACAGCCCUAAUGGCGUUAAUCCGGACAGGAGCAGAGCCGGUAAAUCGGAGAUGUGUCACAGUGACAGCCUGGAUUUGCAGAUUAACGGCAGCGCUCCGUACGAAGAGCUCGAGAAUGGACACGACUCGGCAUCCCAGCUCAACAUGCGGGGUGUUUUCCUGCACGUGCUGGGCGACGCUCUCGGCUCUGUUAUCGUGGUAAUCAACGCCAUCAUCUUCAUAGUGGUAUGGAAUCCAUGCGAGCCGGGCAAAAUCUGCAAGAACCCUUGUGUGGGUCAACAUUGCGCAGACCAUUCACUCAAUAUCAGCAGUGCAGUAACUAACGGCACCAUAAUAGCAGGACCCUGUUGGGUGCUUUAUCUUGACCCCACGCUCUGCAUCAUUAUGGUCUGUAUCCUCCUCUACACCACAUACCCGUUGUUGAAGGAGUCUGCACUUAUCCUGCUACAGACCGUGCCCAAGCAAAUCGACAUGCAUCGGCUCAAUGCUCGCCUGCGGGAACUGGAUGGCGUGUUGGCGGUGCACGAGCUGCACAUCUGGCAGCUGGCGGGCAGUCGCAUAAUCGCCACCGCACACAUCAAAUGCCAUGACCCCACGUCCUACAUGGACGUAGCCAAGCGUAUCAAGGACUUUUUCCACGAUGAGGGCAUCCACGCUACAACCAUUCAACCAGAAUUUGUAACGGUAAACUCUGAGUCUCGUGCUUCGCUCUGCGAGCUCUCCUGUAGAACGCAGUGCGCCCCAAAGCUCUGCUGUGGUGCUGUUGAUUCCGCAAAGCCUCCUGAUGAAGCUGUAGAUGCAAAGAAAUCGUGUGAAACCAAAACCCCAACGGUAACCAGUACCUCUGCUACAUCUCUGGAGAUCAUCAGCGAGUCUGUGGAGGAAACAAGCAGGCCAGAAUCCAUUGUAAUCAUGACUAGGGAGGUGGAAUCGUCAUUGUGAGCGAGAGGCAGGUUAGAGACAGAACAUUCUGUUCUGUUAAGGGUACCGAUGUGUAUUGGAUCAGCUGACUGAUUUCUGCCAUGCUGUGAGAAGAACUGAGCCCAAACACACUCAUGAUAACACACAUACACCACACAGCCCUAUAUCUCAGAUACCACACCAACAUACAGACAAUAUAAAUAGGCUGGAGAGCAAGGCUGGCCUCCUCUGCAUGUGUGUUUACUGCAUCGUCUGAUUGGUGUGUCCGUGCCAAAGCUUCUCUUCAUACAGGACAUCAGACACUUGUGUCCUUCCUGUGGAUGUAAUGCAACGACAAGCAAUUUUAACGUUCAGCUGGUGGACCAAGUGGAAAUGUCUGGACCAGUUUUUUCUACCCAUAUGUGUUUUCUGUUUUAUUCUUCACACUUUAUUGAUUUUCUUAGUCCUAUUCAAACUUUCAAUUUUGUGAGAGAUGUAAUAAUUUAUGUAUUUAAGUUAUUGGUAAUUUUUUUUUUUUUUUUUUUUUUUUCCAAAGAGCUUUUUGUAAGAUUAGAUAUGAUAUUAGAGGUUUAAGAAAAAAAAAGCUUCUUGCUUCUUUCACAACAAAUGAUCUAUGCUUUAACCGAGAGUAUUUUUAGAUGAUGUUUUCAAAGAUUGCUGUUCAAUCUUUCACUUUUUUUAGAUGAUCUCUUUUAUUAGACAUCAGAAGAAGUGUCGACAGUACUUCACCAUGCCUAUAAUUCAAACUGCUGUGUUAUAGCACUGAAUCUAGUCAGUGUAGGAACUAGACAAACCUUCUCUUAUUGGUUUUUAUAAAAGCUGAUGCCUUGUUUGUUCUGUUGUUGUCAAUCAAAACAAGCUGUAAAAAAAAAAAAAAGUUUUUUUUUUUUUGGGGGGGGGGACUGCUGGAGGGUGACAUGUUUUGUCCAUGCUGUCGUAAAAUUGAAGGGACCUCCUCAGAUUUGUGGAAAACAUUAAUUUGUGCAUGACCAAAUAUACUUGUGGUUAUAUGGAAAGCUUUUAAAAACCAAGCAAAAUUUGUAAACCAAAAGACAAGGGAGUCCCUUUCUGAAAUGCACAGUAGUAGGUUUGGGUUGAACGCAUCAUUUGGGGUGUCGCACAGUCUACUCAGUGGCCUUCAUUGGGGAAAAACAUAUAUCAGCUCUUCACGACACUAUUUAUAUCUGCAAACUUUAGCAUUUGGUGAAAAUAUGCAAUUUAUGAAAAACAGAAAUACUACUAGUCUUUAUUAUUAGUCGUUUAGUGAAUUUCUUAGAAAUCUGUAGAAGAAAGAUGAGCUUUCACUAUAAAUGUGCUGACGGAGUGUUUGUAUCACUGAGGAUUUUAAAAGUACCAUGCCAGCGGAAAUGUUUUUUGAUAUAUUACUGUAAAAUGUGUUAUUGUGAAUUAAACAUGCUUGUUUGGUACUGUUCAA